GUGCGGGUGUGUGCGGUCAAGUUUGGCUCGGCACACGAGAAAGAUACAUCAUGGAAACGACAUGGAAAGAGUUGAAGAAGAAUCUCAGCGUGAUUGAGAAGGCCGUGAAUGCAAACCAGAAGGAAAAGCUCGCGCGGGUGUUCCGGACGACGACCGCGGUGCGUCGCGGUCUGUCUGCCGUCGAACUCAAGCGUGCGAUCGCAGAAGUGUUAGCGGAGGACAACGAAAGCCGUUCGUUGCUGAUCAAGUAUGUCUCGUUGGUCAAGCCCGACGAGUCCGACGACGUGGACAUGAACGCCGGCGAAACCGACCCGGUCGUGAACGACGUCGAGAAGGACGACCAUUUGGACCGCAGCGACUUGAUCGAAGUCGAGAUCUACUUGAGUCUGCUUGUGAUCUCGAAGCUGUUCAAGGCCCAACUCGGCCGCGAAUCCCAGGCCCUCACUGACGCCGUCCGCGUGCGAAGUGCGCAAUUCAACCGUCGCAGUCUCGACAUCUUCGCCUCGCGGGCGUUGACGUACUAUGCGUAUGCCCAUGAACGCUUUGGAAACAACUACGCGGGUAUCCGUCCCGUCUUGCUCGCCGCGCACCGCACGGCGUGCCUCCGCAGCGACGAGAUCGGCCAAUCGACGCUGCUCAACUUGCUUCUCCGCAACUACCUGCACGAAAACCUGUACGACCAAGCGUUCAAGUUGGUGUCCAAGACCACGUUCCCCGAGGCCGUGUCCAACAACCAGUUUGUCCGGUACCUGUACUACGUUGGCAAGAUCCACGCAGUGCAGUUGGAUUACACGGACUCGUACACCAAGUUGAUGCAGUCGAUCCGCAAAGCGCCGCAAAACACGGCCGUGGGCUUCCGUCGCACCGUGCACAAGCUGGCCAUCAUCGUGCAACUUCUCAUGGGCGAAGUGCCCGAGCGCAGCAUCUUCAACCAGGACGAGUUCCAAGUCGCGCUGGAGCCGUACUUGAAACUCACGAAUGCGGUGCGUUUGGGCAACUUGGAAGAUUUUACGACCGUGUUGACGCACCACGCGGAAACGUUCAAAACGGACAAGACGUACACUCUGAUCUUGAGAUUGCGCCACAACGUGAUUAAGACGGGACUUCGUAAGAUCAACACGUCGUAUUCCAAGAUUCGAUUCACGGACAUUUGCGCGAAAUUGGCGCUCGACACGCCUCAAAAUGCCGAAUUCGUCGUGGCCAAGGCCAUCAAAGACGGCGUGAUUGACGCCGUGAUUGACCACAAGAACGGGUGGAUGCAGUCCAAAGAGACGGUGGACGUGUACGUGACCAACGAGCCCCAGCAAGCGUUUCACAAGCGCAUUACGUUUUGCUUAGACGUGCACAACGAAGCCGUCAAGGCGAUGCGCUACCCCCCGGGGGCAUACAAGAAGGACUUAGAAUCGGCAGAAGAGCGCUUGGAGCGUGAAAAGCAAGAGGAGGAGCUGGCCAAGGAGAUCGAAGACGAGUUGGACGACGGCAUCUAAUGGCGCAGACACACCGGCGAUGGCGAUGGACGUGAUAACAAUUCCCAUAACACGAAAAGUACAUGCUGCGUAUACAUGUAUGGCGUAGCUGGGAUGGACUUAAAGAGCAAGGUAGAAUGCGAUGGAUGGGAUGGAUCGCACGUAUAAUAAUAGAUAUAUGCGAAUUGGAUUCUUGUUAAAUCACUUCGGCGGUGGUUCCGUGCGUGGCCUUGCCGGUCUUUUUCUGGAACGAGUUGUUGCCGCGAACGACGCUCGGCAGCUCAGCGUCGCUCAAGCUCUUCUCGCGCACCAGACGCGCGUACUCGACCGCGUGCUUCUUGGAGAUGCGCCGCCCCAACACGAGCAUGUACACGGACAGCCCCACUUCGAGCGUCAGCGUCAUGAGCGCGACGACAGUGUACCCCUGGAGCUUGAGACAUCCCGUGCUGGACAAGUUGUGGUCCAAUGCGUUGGUGAGGCAAUACUCGCUGAAGUCGACGCCCGACAGGAACGGUUCGAGCAAGAUGGAGAUGGUCGCCACGGUCGUGGCAAUGAGCCCGAUGUGGAGGACGUAGAAGAAUUUGGACCCGUGGCGCUGCAGGGCGUUGAUGCAUGGACAGCAUUCCCGCAGCGUGUACAGAAACGCGUACGUGACCGAGAACAAUGCCGUGAUGAGGUAGAGCGAGAGCACGGCGAGGCCGACUUCCCUCGUCACGGCGAUCGCAGGAAGAAUCGUCAGCGCUUGCAGACUCAGGACAAUCAGCAACACGCACUCGUCCAGGAUGAUGCACAUGGCAAUAGAUAGCUGCUUUAGUCUAGGGCUUGUGCGAAACUGCCGACCGCACCGUCGUGGUGGUCGCGAUGAUGUUC